AUGUUGAAAUCAACAUACAAGCCCUCAGCGGCCUCCCUGGCUCCGCUGCCGCCAGGCUGGACAGAGCACAAGGCGCCCACAGGUCACACAUACUUCUUCAAUGCCGAAACGAAAGAGUCUACCUACACGCGCCCCGGCGCGGUGGCGCCGAUGGACCCCUUGACAAGCUUCGCGCAACAUCAAGCUGUUCCGCAGAUCAAUCUAUCCGACCCGCGCGUCGCCAACGCCUACAUGGCACAAUACAAUGCACCGCCAGCGCAGAGCUAUCGCGGGGGCUUCGGUGGAGGGGGGAGAGGUAGGGGAGGGGGACACGACCGGCCACGACCGCAGCCCAUCGACAAGCCACGGUCAAAAGCUGCAAUCCCAGGUUGCGAGCCGUGGCUCCUGGUAUCCACCAAGUAUGGGCGACGGUUCGCCUACCACCCAGUGAAGAACGCUAGCUUCUGGCGCAUACCUGAGAAGCUGAAGGCAGGCAUCCUCGAGCUGGAUCAACAGCGAAUACGCGAAAAAGCUGGUGUCGAUGACUCCCACAGGGGCUCGAACGGGAACAAAGACGCAGCUACUCCCAACGCUGGUCAGAACCCACACAAAAGUGAGGACGGACCUGGCGAGCCUGGCGAUUACGACAGUUCUGAAUACGAAGAGGUCGAAGUCACAGAUGAUGAGGCCGAGGGAGGAGGCAGCGGGGACGACGAGCACGUCUCGAAGCGGCAAAGGACAGAAGAACCUGUCGAAGACGAAGACCAACCGGUGGAGUUCAGUGAAGCGGAUAUUGCAUAUCAACUUCAAGCUAUGGGCGAAGAUUACGGCUUAGAACCAGGAGAAUACGAUGACGGAAAUAUGGAUGAGUGGCCGGAAGGAGUGGAGGGUCUAGGGCUCUCAGAGGAAGAUUCGAGGGCGCUGUUCAAAGAUCUCCUCAACGACUUUCAUAUCAACCCAUACAGUCCGUGGGAGAAGCUCAUUGAGGAGGGCAGAGUCUUCGACGACCCCCGCUAUACAGUUGUGAACACCAUGAAAGCAAGGAAAGAAGUCUGGGAGGAGUGGUCGAGAGAGAAAAUCAAGGAGCUGAAGGACUCACGAGCCAAGGAGGGGAAGAAAGACCCUCGAAUACCAUAUUUUGCAUUUCUCCAAGAGAAAGCAACCCCGAAGCUGUAUUGGCCGGAAUUCAAAAGGAAAUACAAGAAAGAAUCGGCAAUGAAGGACACAUCGCUCUCCGACAAAGACCGCGAGAAGUGGUAUCGAGAGCAUAUCAGCCGAUUAAAGCUUCCACAGUCGACCCUGAAGUCCGACCUCACGACUCUUCUAAAGAGUAUCUCGUCUUCAAAACUGAACAACCAGACUUUACCGUCACACUUACCAGCUGAAAUUGUGACUGACCUUCGCUACAUCUCCCUGGAUCCCAAGACUCGUGAUCCCUUACUGGAAGCAUACAUUCAAACCCUGGGCCCUCCACCGGAGGCUGGUGAAGCAGAUGAAGAUGACGAGGCCACCAAACGGGCUAGAGAAGAUCGCAAGAAACGGGAGAAGGCACUGCGGGAUCGAGAGCAUGCCGUCGAAGAAGAAAAAAGAAGACAAGAAAAGAAACUACGCCAUUCGAAAGCAAUGUUACGCGAGGAAGAGCAAGAGCUUACCAGAGCAAUGCAGGUAGACAAACGUGGUCUCCAGAGCCAGCUGGGAAACCCAAAGGCCAUGUAG